AUGCUGGCCAUACUACUUGUGGGCUUCGUAGCUUGCACAUCGGGCGAAGUUGCACGUCUUCGAGCGCGAAGCUCUUUGUCCGGCAGCAUCGCUGUGAAGCAGGCCCCUUGGCAGGACAUUCCCGUCGAGAAGGCUGAGGACAAGCCGCAGAGCUGUGGUCCGAAAUGCCAGUAUGAUUGCGAGCAAGCGAACUGUCCUGCAACCCAUGAAUGUGAGCCCCUUUGCGAACCACCUGAGUGUGUGACAACUUGCAGCUCCUCACGGACGCAGUGCGAAACUCGCUGUGGCGAACCUUUGUGUGCAGUGGUAUGUCCACAGACAGAGUGCAAAGGCUCUGACUGCAGCAGAGCUGUUGCAUGCCAAACAGUGUGCAACCCUCCUGUUUGCACGACAUCCUGUGCAGACAGCUGCCAGACAUCGUGCGCGACGCCCAAGUGCAAAUGGCGAUGCAAGCCAACCCCUGCUUGCCCGCAACCUGUGUGUAAGAUCAGCUGUACAGACUUGGAUUGUGCGGCGAAAAUGGUGCACGGCAAUGCUACUGCAAGAGCACAACUCGAAGCGUCACUGAGCAAACAGGGCAAGGAGGUGAUCUCCGAGAGCAGGGCCUCGCUGGACCCCAGCGUCCUAACUGCUCCGGCCGCCGCUCCCGCGGCAGCUCCGGCGGCAGCUCCGGCUGUGCCCGAGGCUCCGCAGGAUACAAGGAUAGAUCUCUCUUGGCUACGAGAUGCGCUUAAAGCGCCCGUUUCAACUUUCUGA